AUGGCGCGCCGUUCUUCUAUCCUCCUCGUUCUCGUCACCAUCAUGCUUUGCGCCCCCCGUUCGUUCGCUGUUCGGUCGCUCGUUCAGAUGGAACAGCAGGCAGCGGUGCAGCAGCCGGCAAAUCCUCAAGCAACGCUCCCACCAAAGCAGAUCUCGGCUAAUCCGAAACCUAAACCGACUGCCGGAGCCAGUACUGUUGGUAGUCAGAAAGACAUUUUAGGCGAGCUGGCUUCAGACGCGGUUAAGGCGGCGAACGAAGCACGCGCUAUCGCGGACGAGGAUGCAGAAGCAGUAGAAGCGACGGCAGCAGCAGCAAGCAGUGAACUAACAGGCACAACAGCUGCUGAAGCAGCAGCCGAAACAGCAGCAGAUGCUGCAGUUGUAGCUGCAGCAGCGGCUGUGCCAGCUGUCACUGGCGCAGGAGCGAUGGUCCUGGGGACCGAGGCUUUGGACGGUAUCGCUGACGUGGCAGGUGCAGGCUCCAGCGCAGAAGCCGCUGAUGCCGUCGCGGCGGUCGCAGCUUCUGACAUGGCGAGCGCCGCCACGGACGCCGCGACCGACGUGGCUGCACACGCCGCUGAAUCCGCCGCUGACGAAGCCUCCGACGAAGAAAACGACCUCGAUAGCGCCGAAGAAGCGAGAAAGAAAGCCCUAGAAGACGCAGAGCUGGUGUGGCAUAAGUGCGUGCAGUCGGAGAAGCUGGGCGAGGUGUGCGUGGGGGUGUUUGUGGAUUCGCAGCAAGAGCCGCCGCUGCUGUUUUCAGAGAUCAGCCUGCGGAACCACACGUUCCUGGUGCCGCUCGCCAAGGCCAAGGCGUGCUUGGACGACCAGCUGCUGCUCAACCUGCUGCUGCACGACCCCAAGCUCGCCCCCUUUGCUGCGGAGAUUAAGGCCAUCAUGAUCAUGGAGAAGCUGGCUGCCGCUGAUGUCAUCAGCAGGUUUUGGAAUUCCUGCAUACUGAUCCCAUUCCACAAAUCCUUGCCUUUCCUGCUCUCUACCUUCUCUUUUUUCCAACAGUCCAUCAUGAUCAUGGAGAAGCUGGCUGCUGCUGAUGUCAUUAGCGAGUGCGUACUCUUUAAUGGCCUCUCCAUUACAGUCGACAAGCCUAACGACUGCCUGUACAUAUCGGCCUGUCCCCGCCUCUGCUCCCGCCUGGGCUGUCGCCGUGGGCAUUGCCUCUACUCCAAGGACAAGGAAUUUGAGUGCUUCAGGGUGCGUGUGCCCCUGCAUAAGCACAGCAGGGAUGUUGCAGUGCGCUAG